UCGGGGAGAGCUCAAAGCGCACAGGAUUUGACAGAUGUUCGAAUCGGAUAAACUGCACCGCAACGAGAGAAUUGGGGAGCAUUUCAGAUUUACAUAGUGGUAGCCCAUAUACGACAAAAUGUCAGGACAAAAGAGUGCGAAUCCGUGUAAUAAAUUCCAAGCGAACAUUUUUUAUAAAAGUAAAUGUCAGAACUGCUUCAAGUCUCGGGAGCUGCAUCUUCCAACUGAUCAUGGUAAGGACCAGGCCAAACCCAUCUAUGGAGGCUGGCUCUGCUUGGCUGCUGAGGGGACAGACUUUGACAAUCCAAUUCAGAGGUCAAGGAAAUGGCAGCGACGAUUCUUCAUCCUGUAUGAACAUGGCAGCAUGAGCUUUGCACUGGACGAGUUGACAAGCACUCUGCCACAAGGAACAGUGAACAUGAAUCUGUGUACAGCGGUGAUUGACGCAGAGCCUAAGACAGGCCAGAGGAACGCUUUGUGCAUCAUCACACCUGAACAGGAGUUCUUUAUCCGGGGGGAGAACAAGGAGAUCAUCAAUGGCUGGAGUGAACAACUAGUCGUUUACCCACGGACCUAUAAGCAGAAUCAGAAGAAGAAACGUAAAGUAGAACCCACUACUUCCCAGGAACCCAGCCCAGCAAAGAUGGCUGCCACUGAGCCCAGUUUCUCAGUCAUGAAAAGUGGUGACCCUCGCUCCAGUCUGUGGCAGGGAGAGCGGCCCAGUGGGGGUCCGGAUGUGGCCCCUGUCUGGACUGUGACAGAUACUGAUCCCCUGGGCCUGGACGAGACCCAUGCAGCCUCCAGUGACUCCCUGACCUUUGACGAUAGUCUGCGGCUCUCCAACGGCUCCUGUAUCAGUAGCUCUGUGAGUUCCCUGGACUCUGUGGCCAGCAAGGGGACUGACACCAGCAGCGACAGCCAGCCCACAGAGCCUACGCCAUACAGAGACCACCCACCGGCCAACAAGAACAUCAGGGCAGAGAGAAGCUGUUACAAUGAGCCAGGGAAGGCUGGGAGGAGUGCUGUGGGAGAGGACCUGGGUCAGGCUGGAUCCAGGAAGGGGAGGAGUGAAGCUCGCAGCAACCAGAGAGAGAAACUGCAGUCGUGUGGAGAUCUACGCCCAGGUCAACUCACCGUCCCUCCUCCUCAGAGAAGAGCUAAGUCACUGGACCGCAGGACCUCGGAGUCUGUCAUGACUCCUGAUUUGCUGAACUUCAAGAAAGGGUGGAUGAUGAACCUGGAUAAGGAGGAUCAGUGGAGAAAAUACUGGUUUGUGCUAUCAGCUGACAGUCUGAGGUACUACAAGGAUUCCUUCGCAGAGGAGAACUCAGAUCUGGAGGGGGAGAUUGAUUUGACCAAGUGUCAUAAUGUCUCAGAGCACCAGGUCCAGAGGAACUAUGGCUUUCAGAUCCAUACCCAGAAGUGUGUCUUUACUCUGUCAGCCAUGACUGCAGGGAUACGGAGAAACUGGAUCCAGGCCCUCAUGAAGAAUGUCCAUCCAUCUAACGCUCCUGAUGUAGCCAGCAGCUUGACAGUCCAUCACGUCCCUUGCAGCCCAUCAGAGUCACUGCCCCUCCCUAAGCCAGACGUGACCCAGGACUCCUCCCCCUCCUCUCAGGUCCCUACAGAGAGAGUCCAGGGGCCCAAACAGAGCCGCAUCCAUGAGAGGAGACGCGAAGGGCGCUCCAAGACCUUUGACUGGGCUGAGUUCAGCCCUAUGGCCCUGCUAGCCUCUGAGCAGGAGGUGCAGCAGGAGACAAAGGAGCCUCUUCGGAUGGAGGUAGGGGACCUGGAGAGGAAGAGGAGGCGAGAGGAGAGGAGGAGGAGGUAUGACAGCAUGCUAGGCUUCCUUGUGGGCUGGGAGAUGGACUGUGACAGAGGAGGUAUCAGUCCCAGGUCACCCAGGACUCACCAGAGGGUGCAGAGGGAGAUUGAACAGUGCUGGCAGCAGGUGGAAAGGACUGCCUUUAGACAGGAGAAGACUGUUCCAUUGUACACGGAGUCCCAGGGCAAGGAUAAAGAGGAUAUGGGGAUUCUACUGGAGACCUACCACAGGAGGGUAGAGGAGUUGAAGGGCCAGUUGGCAGAGUCAGACCAUCGCAGGCUUGAGCUGGAGGCUCAUUUGAGCACUGUAUUAGGACGCCAGCAUCAUGCCUCCCUGCCGCUUGAGGCCCCAAUGUGCCCAGAAGCUGAUCUUCCCUCUUUGAAAAGCCUGACGGACAUGUACAGGGAGACCAGAGAGCUCCUCCAGCAACAGGAGCUGAAGAAGCAGGACAUACAGGAGCAGCUCCAGGAGCAGCUUGGCCUGGCCCUGUCAUCAGCCCCUCUGGAGAAACACAGCUCCCCUGGAACUCACCCAUCACCACCACCCAGCAUCUGGCUACAUGACACCGAGGGAAACCUCCAGUGGCUGGAGGAUCUGUUCCCUGACUGCCCUAUAUCAGUAAACACACCUGUCAUGUCACCAACCUCAGACACAGAACUCUCAUCCUACUCUGUGCCUCAGAAUGGAAGUGAGAACAGAGGGCCUAACUUGGGCAGUGAAACUAGCUCUCAGACACAGUUUGAAAAUGGAAGCCAUCAACAGACAUCGAUUCCAGAAUCGCACACAAAAAGUUGUGCAUGGAGCCUGGGGGAAACUCAGGAAAGAGCCAACAGCGUGAGAAUAGACAACCUACUAUGCUGUGAGACACCCAGACCCACGGAGGAGUACGUAGACCCAGACCAGGCCAUCGUGAUGAGGAGACUAUCCCAGGAGGUAGAGCUGCUCAGCAGCCAGAACGAGGCCCUCAACCAGCGCAACCAGGAGAUGCUCAACCAGCUGACAGAGGCAGACAGAGAGAUAGAGAGACUGAAAGCAGAGCUUAUCACUCAGUACAGUGGGCCUCAGUUCCUCCCUGAGGCAGAGCAGCACAGCCAGACCAAAGUGGAAGGCCUGGAGAAGGAGCUGCGCAGGAGAGAUGAGCAGCUCCAGGAGGCCCCGUCCCUACUAGCCUCAAUGGACCAGCGUCUGAAGGAGACAGAUGUACAGCUGCAGCUCAGGGAGGACACUUUCAAAGACCUGGGCUUCCCAGCAGAAGAGGAUGAUGAUGAUGAUGAUGAUGAUGAAGAGGAGGAAGCUGGGGAAGAGAAUAUCAACACACACCACCUUGGAGAGAAGGAGCGGGAACACCUUCAACAGUGUCUGCAGGCCAUGGAGGCCAAGCAAUUAGAACUAGAGAGACAGCUCCAGCACACAGAACAGACCUGCAGGGAGCUGCAGGCCCACAACACACAACUCAGAGAGGCUGAGCGGUUGUACAGCCAGAGAGCCAUGGAGGCAGAGGCUGACAUCGUAAGGUUUAAUGAGGAAGUAGAGAAGGAAAGGACAGUGGAGAAAGAAAGUGGAUUAAGGUGUAGCAGUGAAGGCAAAUGGCAGGAGGAGGUAAUAUUGGAUUCAGGUGAAGAAAGGGUUCAGCAAGUGAUGGAAGGGAUAAGGUUGAUGGCCAGAACCUUAGGGAGAGUAGUGCAGGUGAUUGACAGAUCAGAUAUGGAUGUGGUAAAGAUGCCAUUAGAUAGAAAGUGUGUGGAGGUGAACAAGACAGUGGUCAGGCAGCUUCAGUUAGAGGAGGAGUUUUGGGGAAGGCUGUUGAACAGUUUGAAGGUCAACCCAUCCCAGUCCAAUGAGGAUAAACUCACAGAUGUGAUUCUAAGUCAGAUUUUAGAACACAUGGUAGUGGAAAAGCAAACGCUCCUCCUAGCUCAUACUCUUUUUUCUCAUAAUAAGACAGAUUUAAACAUAAACACUGGAGGCCUGGACAGGAUGAAUGGAUGCAGGUCUUUGAGAGACCUGGACAUCAUUGGAAACAUAGCAGAUGAAACAGGUUCAGAAAUGAAAGAGGAAGAUGAUGAUGAGAGGAUAUGGAAUGUGUACAACCAGCAUAAUGACACCGAUGACUUCAUAAGCCGACAUUUCACAGAGAUCACACAGGAGAGAAUUUUCCUGCUCAACCAAAUCGCCUCCUCAGGCAUAGCCUCGGCCAAUGACGAGCUCCAGUCCCUGGCACAAAGACUUUGUCAUUUCCACAAUGUAAAUGAGCCCCGGUUAGCUUCCAUACACUGCACCGCCAUGGAAGCCUUCUCAUCCUAUCGUCUCAGUAGGCUUAACACUCUACACAAGAGCCAAUUUCAAGAGACUCAACAGGGACUGCUCAUUGCUUCUUCUCCUUUGAUGUGCAGCAGAUGUGCUGGGCUGCUGAGUGAAAACCAGCAGCUUGGGGCCAGACAGUCAGACCUGGAGAGACAGGGGAGUUCCUCAGUGGGAUUAGGGUUGACCCCCCCGAGGCAGGGUGAACACAUAGACUCACAGCAAACAGCCACACAGCUACUAGACACUGCAAGUGAGCAGAAGACAGAGACGCCUGCAAUGAAUGCUGCAGGUAAAAUGGAGGUGGAAAGCCCAAACCAGGGAGUGACUGCAGUAGAGGAAGUGUGCUGGGUUAGAAGGUGUGCAGAGGUGGUGGAUGGUGACUUCCUGACCAACAGCAUUGAGAGUUCAAAGAUAAAGGUAGAGAGUAGUGUAGAUGAGGUAGAGAGUAGGGUAGAUGAGGUAGAGAGUAGGGUAGAUGAGGUAGAGAGUAGGGUAGAUGAGGUAGAGAGUAGGGUAGAUGAGGUAGAGAAAGGAAUCCAGGAAGUUGAUACUGAUAAGGAUGUAGAGGAGAGGAGCACUACUGAACCCCAUGAAGAAGCAAACACUGUGGGGGAGGAGGAGCUGGAGAUUGUGUUAUCAUCACUGAGAGGUCAUGUGAAGGAUCUGGAGGAGCAGCUGUCUGUCAUGGCCAACAUGAAAGCAGAGCAUGAUGGGAGAAUGGCAUCUCUCCAGCUGAAACAUAAGGAGGACAUAGAAAAGCUAAAGGCCACAUAUGAGCAUGGCUUUGUCACCAUGGAGGAGUCCCAGCAGAGGAUCGUGGGGGAACUGCAGCACAGACACCAGCAGGACCUGCAGCGCCUGCAGUUAGACACAGACAGACUGCUGGAGGAGGAGACGGCUGCUACUAUCACAGCAAUUGAAGCAAUGAAGAACGCUCACCGUGCCGAAGUCAAGAGAGAGAUACAGAGGGCAUGCCAUGAAAACAACAAUGCAGGACAUGUGAAUCUUGGAGAAAUAUGCAGGCAACACAGUGAGGAGCUGGUCUCCUGUCACAGGGAGCUGGAGGUGUUGUCCCAGCAGUACUCUCUGAAGUGUCUGGAGAGCUCCCACCUGGGCCAGGCCCUGGAGGCAGAGAGACAGGCUCUGUGUCAGUGUCAGCAGGAGAACCAGGACCUCAGAACUCGCAACCAGGAGCUGAGUGGCCAUCUUGCUGCAGAGAUCACCAGACUUUGCUCUCUGGCCAAGCAGGACGCCUUCCCUCUUAGUCAGGAGAGAGAUGUGUAUGAGCUGGAGAUCUCCCUGCGUGUGAAGGAGUCAGAGGUGCAGUGCCUCAAGCAGAAGAUCACCUCGCUCAAGGAUGAACUCCAGACAGCCCACAGGGAUAAGAGGUAUGCAACAGAGACGUACAAGGACAUCUACACAGAGCUAAGCAUCAUGAGGGCCAAGGCAGAGAGAGACCUGGGACAUCUCAGGGAGAACCUGAGGUUGGCCCACAAAGCACUAGGAGAGCUCUCACCUGCAGUGGACACAGAUAAUAAUGGUAUACAUGACAUUAAGAUGGUGGUCCUGCCUUCAGGGAUUCAGAGAUGAACCACUGAUGUGAAAACGACAAGGUGUUGAGUGCUGCCACUCUGAGGUCAAAACCUGCAUGACAGCCAAGUCUCGCUGGAUGUUUCCCCAACCACCUCUGGUUUUGGCAGCAUCACUAGUCUGUAUCGUACAGAUGUCAUUCAUUGCGUAAUACAGACAAUUUGUGAAUAACCUCAUUCUGUUAUGUGUCUUAAUAAUAUUGGAUGUAUCUGAAUCCUCUGACUGUUAUCUGUGCAGUUUGCUGUAGCAUGUCAGUUAGUCCUUUAGAUUUUGAAUAACCCUUGACGUUCUGUCCAUUUCUUACACAAAUGAAAGAAAGGGACUCUAAUUAGAAGUCAUCUUGUACAGUGGUGCAGCAUAACCCUAUAGAGAUCUCCUUUGGGUACACAUGUAUAAUAAAUAUCUGAAACAUCUGUUUUGCCCUUUCAUGGGCCUUUACAGUGUCUCUUAGGGGUGUGGUUGUCCGUUAUUCUUCCUCAUACAUGCACUUUGACCUCUCAAUACUGGAGCCAACUAGUUGGUUUUAAUCUUUAUACUGGAGGCAACUAAUGUUUUUAAUCCUUAUACUGGAGGAAACUAAUGGUUUUAAUCCUUAUACUGAAGGCAACUAUUGGUUUUCAUCCUUCUUUCAUCCAUCAUAUACUCCCUAGUUCUGUUAGGCUGAAUAAUAGAACAGACUGUCCUGGUAAUGUAGCCAACAUUUUGGGCAUGGCUGCACCUUGUGAAUAAUCUUCUACAAAUUCAGUGGAUGGUGUAAUAUUCUUGUAUUUUCUGCAUGUCUGCGAAAUGUAGGAAUGUCAACGGAAAAAAAUAGUAUGCCAUGCCAGUAUUAGAAAAGCUGUUGGUGAUUCUUUAUGUGGCCUGACAGUAAUCACUUUUGAAAUACAAGCUUUACCAUUAUGACUUAAUAGUCAUGAUGCUGGAUCUGAUUUCUGAUAUUUGUUUCUUUCUCCGUAGAGUGUCAAGGAAGAUAACUGCAGCUGAACAAAGAGACACAACGCACAACGUGGAUUGUUCAUCGGUCUAUCCAUGUUUACACCAUUUAGCACUUAGAGAUCCAAAGUUAUAUUGUCAAACAUUUUAUGUCCUAUCUAAUGUUACUGUACUACAGAAUUUUAAAAGCGCAUUAUUUGAGGAUUCUGUAUUUUUUUUACAUCAUUGUAUCUAAACGCACACUACUAUUUAGCCUGUCUACGUUUGUAGAUAGGUUAGACAUUUUGUAGACGUUUUCCUGAUGACUAACAUUUAUGUCAAGGCGUUUGUAAAAUGUGUAGAAUUAUUACCCUGCUAUGUCCAAUCCAGUUAUUGAACGGGGAUAUUUCUAAAGACAACUCAGAUUAAGUUUGCUUUUCUUACCUGUGAAAUAUAUGAACAAGUAUGUAUGUACCGUCUGAGUCUAUAAUGUAAAAGUAUUAUUUGUUUGUGAGUGGAUGGUUUUAUUUGGAGGCGUUUAUCUUGGUCCUGCUAGUACACAUUUUGAUGUUCUUUAUUCAUGUCAAGUAAUCUAAUGAUAAAUUAAAUGGAUUUAUUUUAAA